ACGGUGGCAACAACUAUGGCGGCUGCCAGUGGUCUUUUUGAAAGUGCGAAGAGUAUUGAAGAGCGUAAAGAACAGACCCGGCUUGCCAGGGCCGAGGUGUUGCGCCAGGCUAAAGCCAAUUUUGAAAAAGAAGAAAGACGUAAAGAACUUAAGCGACUUCGGGGUGAGGAUACAUGGAUGCUACCUGAUGUGAAUGAGAGAAUUGAACAAUUCUCACAGGAACAUUCUGUGAAGAAAAAGAAGAAAAAAGACAAGCAUUCAAAAAAAGUAAAGAAAGAGAAGAAAAAAAAGAACAAGAAACAAAAAUAUGAAAAAAACAAUGAAUCAGCUGAUAGCUCAUCAAGCUCUGAAGAUGAGUGGGUUGAGGCUGUUCCAUCCCAGACUCUUGGCAAGGAAAAGGCCUGGAAAGUGAAAGGUGAAAGGUCAGAACAAGAAGACGACAAGCAACUUAUUCAGAGGGAUGAAUGGAUGACUGUUGAUUUUAUGUCUGUUAAAACUGUGUCAUCAUCAUCACUCAAAGCUGAAAAAGAAGUUCUGAGGAAAAUAGAGCAAGAGAAAGCUCAAGCACUUGAGCAGUCCAAACUGCUGGAAAGAGAAUUGAAUCCAUAUUGGAAGGAUGGUGGGACAGGUCUUCCACCAGAAGACUGUAGUGUAUCCUCGAUUAGUAAAGAGAAAGAAAUUAUCCAGUUUGAGCAAUUGACAGAUUUUAAAGAUAACGUUAGUUUUAAGUGUAAAAUAAGUCUAUCCUGGUCCACCAGUAGUCCAGAAGAUGAGCCCAUUCACAUCCUGAGUGUCGAUGAGAAGAACAAGUUGGGAGCCAAGAUUAUCAAGGCAGAGAUGAUGGGGAAUAUGAAUGACGACCAGCAAGACGUGAUCCUUGUCAGAACAGAUCAGUCUGGAAGAGUAUGGCCUGUGAACACACCAGGAAAAUCUCUGGAAUCAAAAGGAGGAAGAAGGAAGAGACAGAUGGUUUCAACCCAUGAGGAAAAAGAAAGGGUCAGAUACUUUCAGGAUGAAGAAAAUCUAAGCCUAAAUGAUUUAGUCAAAAAUGAAAAGAUGGGAACAGCAGAAAGUCAAAACAAACUUUUUAUGAGAAUGGCAUCUAAGUUUAUGGGAAAAACAGAUGGAGACUAUUAUACUCUGGAUGACAUGUUUGUCUCCAAAGCAGCUGAGAGAAAAUGUCUUGGUGAAGAAGAAGAGAACCAGAGGAAAAAAGCUAUUGCUGAGCAUCAGAGUCUUGCUGCACAAAUGGAAAAAUGUCUAUAUUGUUUUGACAGCUCUCAAUUUCCCAAGCACCUUAUUGUUGCAAUAGGUGUUAAGGUUUAUUUAUGUUUACCCAACUUCCGAUCUCUCACUGAGGGGCACUGUCUGAUAGUCCCUUUGCAGCACCAUAGAGCAGCUACUUUGCUGGAUGAAGACAUCUGGGACGAAAUUCAGAUGUUCAGAAAAUCAUUGGUAAAGAUGUUUGAAAAUAAAGGAUUGGACUGCAUCUUUUUAGAAACUAAUAUGAGCACCAAGAAACAGUAUCACAUGGUUUAUGAAUGCAUUCCUCUCCCAAAGGAAGUGGGUGAUAUGGCUCCCAUCUAUUUUAAGAAAUAA